CAGAACGCGGCGCUGCGCGUAUUUUGAAACCGUCGGUACAAACGGACACGCAAAGCAGACGGGAGAGUCUCCGGGACGCGGCUCACUCCGGUUUAAAAACGGUUAUAAACGGCGUUAAACUGUUCGCAGCGCGGUGGGAUUUAACGAUGAGGAAGAGCGAGGUGCUCGCGGCCGAGGCGGUGUCGUGCCUGAAUAAAGCGCUGUGCCGCCUGAAGGACAUCUGGGAGGAGAUCGGCAUCCCGGAGGACCAGAGGCUGCAGAGGACCAACGUGGUCAAGGACCACAUCAAGAGCUUGCUGGACAGGAUGAUAAAAGAGGAGGAGUCUCUGAAGCCCAGGCUCAUCAUCAGCAUUCAGAACUGCAGGAUGGAAAUGGAGAAACUCAACCUGGAGCUUCAGCUGCCGGGGUUCGAGCAGGAGACGGGCAUCAGCAUGCUGCAGCAGGAGAAGAACAUCCGCACGCAGGUGGAGGCCCUGCUGACGGAGAGGGCUCGGCGGAUGCGGCAGCUGAAGGCCCUGCUGGACCAGGACCAGGACCUGUGCGACGUCCUGUGCUCCCUGCCGUACGGCGUCGCUCCGGACUCCGUGCCCACGGCGGAGCAGCUGGAGAGCUUCGGCCAGCACGUCGCUAACCAGAACGCCGAGAAGGCGAGGCGUUACGCCGAGUUCAUGGACCUCAAGAGGCGGAUCAUCGUGCACAUGGGGGAGCUGGACCACGUCCCCGAGACCAGCUUCGAGAAGGACGUCGUCUGCGAGGACGAGGACUCGUUUUGCCUCUCGAGAGACAACAUCACGUCACUCAAACUGCUUGUUUGUCAGCUGGAGGAGCGCAAGGCGGAAACCGAGGCGGCGUGCGAGGCUCACCGGGAGAAGAUCCAGCGUCUGUGGGGCCGACUAGACGUCCCUCAGGAGGAGAGGGAUCCCUUCAACGAGCACAUGGUCGCAUCCAGGAAGAGGAACCUGGAAGCGCUCCAAGCAGAAGUUCAGCGUCUGGAGGAACUCAAGCUGCUCAACAUCCGCAACGUGACCGACGCCAUCCGCUCCGAGGUCGCCGCGUUCUGGGAGAAGUGCUUCUUCAGCGCCGACCAGCGGCAGGCGUUCGCUCCGUAUUUCAGCGAGGACUUUACCGAAGAGCUGCUGGCUCAGCACGACGCUGAGAUCCAGCGCCUGAAGCAGCAUCACGAGGACCACAAGGAGCUUUUCGACGGCGUCCACCAGUGGGAGGACAGCUGGAGGCUCUUCCUGCAGCUCGAGAAAAAAGCCACCGAUCCGACGAGGUUCACCAACAGAGGAGGCAACCUCCUGAAGGAGGAGAAGCAGAGGUCCGAGCUGCACAAGAGCCUCCCCAAACUUGAAAAGAAGUUAAAAGCCCAGAUCGACGCGUGGGAGAGCGAGCAGGGCGGCGAGUUCCUGGUGAACGGGGAGAAGUUCCUGCAGUACGUGGAGGAGCAGUGGGAGCUGCACCGAGUGGAGAAGGAGAAGGAGAAACAAGAGCGGCAUCUCAAGAAGAGCAAACAGACCGAGGAGGACAUGCAGUUCGGGACGGCGGUACGGACCCCCACCAAGCGCCGGCUCCUCGGCACGCAGACCCCCAACAAGUCCAGAAAGUUCAACGCGACCUCCAGCAGCACCAGCACGAGCGCCGCCUCUAACAGCACCAGCCGCUCCGUCUACGGCGCGACGGUCUGCCGCUCGCCCCGCCCACCGCUGUCGGCUAACAAGGUUCCGGCAUCGCGGACGCCGGUUGGCGGUAAGCCCCCCAACCCUCGGCUGCAGGGCUGCAACAAGGAGAACGAGGCCCAGCUGAAGGGGAGCCCUGUGACGACCUCGCUGACCCCCGCCGCUCCGCAGCAUCACUUCAGCAUGGCGUCGGUGGCCAGCACGUAUUCUGAGUUUGUGAGGGACUUGGUCAACACCCAGAGCGUUCAGUCAAGCGAGACCUGUCCAAGGCCUCCAACGCCAAGAUCCAGCACGGCUUCCUGAACUCCACCUCCACCAACCUCUGACCUCUGACCUCUCUCCUCUGACUGGUGGGGGGCGGGGCUGCGUCCGUUAUCCUGCCGCAGUCUUCUCAGUGAAGUCCUGAUCACCGCCGCACGCUUUUAUGAAGGUAAUAAUAUGAGUGUUACGUCGGCGAUGGACUGUCGGUCUCUCACUGUCGGCAAAAAAAUGUCACUCAUAAAUUAAACUAACACUACUUUGGCUUUCUAAGUUUCGCCGGUUAUCCAGAUUUAAAUAAAUGUCUGUAUUUUGUACCGCACAUUUUUUUUUUUUUUAAUAAAAGAAACAAAAGAAAUACUAGCUUUCUGAUGUUAUGCAAUCCGGAGUGACAGGCCAAAUGUAUUAUGAAUACUUUGCACUUUUUUUAAGAAAAGAAAAAUAUAUAUGUUCAGCACAUCGCACAAUCUUUCACACUCACACUGUUCCAUCCAUGUGUAUAUAUAUAUAUUUUUUGUAUGCAUGGGAUGUAUCUGUGUACAUAUUUCUGUAUCGGCUGUUCUCUUCAUAGUAACUUCCUGUUUGACAAAGAUGGUGGUUGUUUAAACUGGACAUUAAUGUUAUUAAAGUGCUCUAUAUUGUUGCUGUUGGAAUAUGAUUAAAUCACAUGGAUUCAAUACCCGAUCAUGGCUGAUUUGGAAAAGCCUCUCGAGGUAUAAUUAAUGUAUUUUCACUUGGUACACAGUGAUUAUAUUUUUUUUAUAGAUUGAUCAUUUUCAAGUGUAGCACACCAGUCAACUGUGAUCAGUUAAUGAUUUCCCAACAAUAAAAUU